CGCGAGCGGAAGUUGCGCAGGCGCAGCGAGGACGGCAACAUGGCGUCCAGGUCCAAGCGGCGUGCAGUGGGCAAUGGGGCCCCGCAGCCGCCUGACGCCCCAGCCCCGCGCCACGAGGAAGAAGAGGACGAUGAAAUUGAGGACCAGGACGAAGACGAAGACGAUGAAGACAGCGACGAAGAGGAGGACGAGGUAGUCGACGAGGAAGUGAAUAUUGAUUUUGAAGCUUAUUCCAUCUCCGACAACGAUCGCGACGGAAUUAAGAGGUUACUGCAGCAGCUUUUCCUGAAGGCUCCUGUGAACACUGCGGAACUGACAGACCUCCUGAUUCAACAGAACCACAUCGGGAGUGUGAUCAAGCAGACGGACGUUUCCGAGGACAGUGAUGACGAUGUGGACGAGGAUGAGAUCUUCGGUUUCAUCAGCCUCCUGAAUUUAACGGAGAGAAAGGGUGCCCAGUGUGCCCAGCAAGUUAAAGAGCUGAUCCUGAGCCGCUGUGACCAGAACUGCGAGAAGAGUGUGGUCGACCAGCUGGACAAGCUUUUGAGGGACCCCAGCAAGCCCGUGGGCCUUCUCCUGAGUGAGAGAUUCAUUAACGUGCCCCCCCAGAUCGCUCUGCCCAUGCACCAGCAGCUGCAGAAAGAGCUGGCGGAGGCGCACGAGACCAGCAAGCCGUGCGGGAAGUGCUGCUUCUACCUUCUGAUCAGCAAGACGUUUGUGGAAGCGGCGAAAAACAACUCCAGCAAGAAACGGAGCCGCCACGAGAAAGGCGAGUUGGUGUUUGCAAACGCGGAGGAAGAGUUUUUCCAUGAGAAGGCGGUGCUGCAGUUCAGCUACUCGGUGCAGGAGGAGAGUGACACACGCCUGGGCGGCAGGUGGGCCUUCGACGACGCCCCGAUGACGCCCCUGCGCACGGUGAUGCUGGUCCCGUGCAGCGAGACGGGGGCCAUCAUGGACCGGCUGAAGGAGCACCUCUCGGUGUAGCCUCCCCGCGGGCGGCGGCGUGCUGGCGUGUGCGCGUCACCAGAAGGCCCCGCGGAGCCUGGCCGAAGAACUCUGGACUCUAUUUAGAUUGAGGUUCUGUACGAAAGGUAGGGUUCUGCUGCCUGUGUCUGUGACACGUGUACAGAUGCUGUAAAGAAGUUUUGGUCAAAUCAUGAAUGGUUGGUUGAAAACUUUCCCAGUAAGAGGAAAAACGUGGAGUAGUAAUUUAAGGAGCUCAAUAAAAACUUCUAUUUUUUAUUU